CCCGUUUCUUGUCCGUUGGCUUCAUCACUGUUCCUUGGCGCGCGAAGCUUGGUGAGUUGGGACUUCGAUUGAUUCUGCAUCGCUGGCAACUGGAGAUGGCGGUUUGCGAGAGGGGAGAUUAAGGCGACGGGGAAAGGGGUGACGGGCGGCGAUGGUGGUGUUGCAGAGGCGCUGUGCGAUGAUCUGAUAUGGACAGAGAAACGGAAGAAAGGAAGGAGGACGCGCGGAUGGAUGGGUGGAUGCGUCUGCUCGAGCACAAACUUGAUGUCUGGGUGGGCUGCAGAUGCGACGGAGGCUCGGCGCAAAUGGAAAAAGAGACGAUUGGAUAUCUUGGAGGAGGAAGGGAGCGCAAACAAGCGAGAAAAGCAGACAACGAAACUGAUCAGCGGCCUUGCUCCCACCUGCAGAGAAACACACACCCAUCAUGCUCUCGCGCAACGUCCUCACCGCCGCUCGUCGUGGCGUGGCCUCCCGCUCGACGGUCAGCGGCGUCCGAUACGCCUCGAACCUGCCGAUCCCGCCCAAGGUGGCCACCCCCCAGUCGGUCCAGGGCCCUGCCGGCGGAGACAGCGCGCGCAUGUCGGCCGUCGUUGACUUCUACAAGAGCUUGCCAAAGGGUCAGGCACCCGCCAAGCGAGGCGGUGGCAUCAAGGCUCGCUUCUUCGAUGGAAAGAACGCUUCGGGCGCACCGAUCCUCGCCGUCAUCGGGACGCUCUUCCUCAUUGGCUACUCGCUCGAGUACCAGCACCUGAAGCACCACAAGAACUACGAGCACUAAGCUCGUCGUCCAUUGAAAUCUGGUGCUCAUGCUUCUCAACAAACGUACCUCUCCCUUGCAAGAACCCGGCGACACCCCUUUUCCUCCUUCUUUGUCCUUGAGUGAAAGCUCACUCGAUUGAGGACUGGGCAAGCACGUCUGAAGGGCCUCUGCUCAUAUCCUCAAAUAUCUCUACUUCUUCUGUUUCGUCGGCCGAUCUCUUGGGUCGGAACCCUGUUUAAGAAGCUACGAAUGCCCAGCAAUGGA